CUACAUGCACAUGAAGGUGAAAGUUGUCCCAUAGUAACAGGUGCUAAAAACUAAACUAACAAAGAAAUCUUAUCAGGCAAAAUUAGUGUAAAUAAAUUAACAGACCUAAAGUCUGUGUACAAACUUCCUUGCAGUACCACAUUUGAUUUUGGAGCCGAUUGCUGCUACCUUACAGCUAUGAGUUCUCCGACAAGCUUUGGCAGCAGCAUGCUGUUCCAGACUAUAAAUGAUGACCUGAAUGCAUCGCUAGCUACAGCAGAUGAGUUAUCCAGAGAGUUCAACUCCCUGCUGAAGGAGGCCUCCUCCGACAACAAGAACAAAAAGUCUGGGUCUCAGAGCAUCUCUACAAUCUCUGGAGAGAAUCCUCGGUCCACUGGUCUGUCCAACUACUCCAUCACUACAAGGGAGUCAAGUGGCAGCAGUAAUGGCAGUUCGAGCUCUCAGCCUUUCUCCCCGAGCUCAACAACUUUCCGUCCCAUGGACUCCGUCUUCUCCAGCAACAAAAACACAUCGUCCUCCCCUGUCUCCUGCACCAGCCCACUCUCACCUCGCAAGAUCAACAGGGAGGCACACUCUCCACUUCCUCGAGCUGGAUCCGACAGCUACUCGUAUGGCCAGCAGAGCCCCAAACAGUCGCCUCACACCCCAAGGCGUAAUUCCCCCUCUCGUUACGACAGGAGCCCACGUGGCUCAAUCAGUUACAUGGAUAGAAGCCCCACUUCGAGCCCCACAGCUGUUUCUUUUGACCAGUCAUCUCGGCCUGCCCCGCUCCAUUCCUCCUCCAUCCUGCUGAGCCCUUAUGACAGCAGCCAGAUGGGCCGCAGGUCGCCUCGGCCAGACAGAAGCCCCUCCCCUUUGUCUUUCAAUCUUCUAAUGUCCAGCACACUCCCUCGAAAUUUUGGCGGUUUCAAGCAACCUGAGGAGAAUGUGCAGCGUCAAAAGAGUCCUGGCAAGUGGAAUGAGACAGAUCUGGACGUGUCCUAUGAGAAGAAACCACACCACACCUAUGACAAGAAAGAGUGGCUCCGGCCGUCUGUGCCAAAUAGCAGCUGGAGAGAAUCCAACCUCGAUGGCCCUCCUCCAGCCCCAAGCCUCAAAAAGGAUCCUCGUUCUCAAUCUCUCCACUUUUCCCACAGUUCUCUCCCCCGUAACACACACAUAUCAGUACCUCCAGAUGUUUCAUCCCCAGCUCACUCCCCCUACCACCCUCAGCCCAUCAUCUCCCGUAUUUCUAUUCCCCCAAUUACGGCUCAGUCCCGUCAGCGCAAGCCCAUCCCUCUCUCCGUUAUCAUGCGUCUCCAAAACCCCCACUGGGGAGAAAUGUCAACCUACCACCCCAGAGUCCUGGGUGGAGAAGGUGAUAUGGCACCUUACCAACCAGCUGUACCCAUGCCGAGGGAAUUCUUCAACCAACCUGUACUCCAGCCACAGCAAAACCCACCUGAGCUGAGGCAGCCAGCCAUAUACAGUGACGUGCUGAACCCAGGGGAUAUAGAUGCAGAGUUAGAGCGGCUGGACUUUGUUCAUCACGUGCCUGUGAUUUCCGAGAAUCCCAGCAUGCCACAGGACAGUAGGAAAGUCGAGCAGGGAGCACCCCCAGCUCCUCGGCCCCUCAGCCCCACCAGGCUACAACCAGUGGUGGCCCCUGAGGCCCAGAGCCAGGAGAUUCCUAACCUGGAGGAACUGCUCCGCAUCCGGGCAGAAUUCCCCCGGGCCCUAAAGAAACGGGGCUCCGUGGACCAGUCACAGCCCCUGAAGAAGGCCUCCCAUUACCAGCCAAACCAGUAUAAACAUCUCAUCGACAAGCUUUUUCGCAGGAAGGACCACCGCCAGAAGGGGGAGCAAGGUAGCGAGAGCAGCAGCUCCUCAGAUGGAGAGGACAGCGCUACACCUCCUGCCCCUUUUCCUGCACCUCAGAUGUCGACACUGAUUCCCCAUGACUUCAGAAGCUACCAUUCCAUUCUGCGGCGGUCCAAUCGGGAGCAGAAACGUUCUGGGAAGCGAGCUCGGAUCAGCCCACUCAUCCUGCUGCUGGAUGGAGCGUUGGUCGGAGAACUGGAGACAGUGCAGAAGGCUGUGCAGGAGAUGAACGACCCUAGCCAACCCAAUGAUGAAGGCAUCACUGCCCUUCACAAUGCCAUCUGCGGGGGCCAUUACAAUGUAGUGGAUUUCCUGGUUCGCACUGGAGCCAAUGUCAGCGCACCAGACAGCCAUGGCUGGACUCCGCUGCAUUGUGCAGCCUCUUGUAACGACCGUCCUCUAUGUGAGUUUUUGGUGAGGAAUGGAGCUGCAGUCAUGGCCAUGACACAGAGCGAUGGCGCUACCGCCUCCCAGAAGUGUGAUCCUUACGCUGCUGGGUUUGAGGAGUGUGAGAACUUUCUGAGGGGUAUGGAGGAGGCCAUGGGGGUGGAGAACAGCGGGGUGCUGUACGCUCUGUGGAGCUACCCGGCUCAGGCAGCCGAUGAGCUGAGCUUCAAAGAGGGAGACAUGGUCACCAUCCUGAAGAAACCUGAAGGGUCAGAUUGGUGGUGGGCCUCACUCUGUGGCAGGGAGGGCUUUGUUCCAAGCAACUACUUUGGGCUUUUCCCGAAGGUUCGACCAAAAUCUCUCUGUUAAGUGGACUCUUGAUGAACCCUGGUCAAACAGGCGCAAAGGACUGUCUCAAAAACUGUGCUUUACUGCUUCACACUGUUGUUUGAAAGGACUGUGUCUGUGUGAUUAUGAAAAGGCUGUUGGGCAUGAGAAAUGUUUUUGAUCCGUCAGUCUAGGAGAGUUGAAGGAGAAGUCUCAGUAGUCAUUUUGGCCUCACUGAGAAGGAUAAAUCUUUUUAGAAGACAUCAUUUGUACUGGCUCUACUGUAGGAUAUGUUUUUCUAGGAAAGCUACAACUCUGUAUUGUGCUAAACCUUUCUGUCAAGCUAUGCCUGUCCAUCCUAGGUUCUUUUUCUCAGCUGUGUUCUCAUUGGCUGGUUAGUAAUCAGAAUGCAAACAGUGGCUGUUGGUGUUCAGUUCUCUCACCAGCGAGGUCAAUGUAGCUGUAUGCUGUCAACAAACGUGAGCCAUCAUUGCUCAAUUUAGAAAAGAGCUGCUUCAAUCAGAGCAAAAUCAACAAAUUCAUUACUGGAACAGAGUUGUCUGCUGCUACAUCAAAGACUCAUCGAAAACUCUUAAGUGAAAGAGAGUGGUCAGAAGUUCACAUGGAACUUUUAUUCUUUUAUAAUAUUUCUAAAAUGUACUCUGUGUACAUAUCACUGUUUUUGCAAAUAGUUUAUCCGAUGUUAGUGUUAUUUCCAUGCCUACUGGAACUAUUGUGUGAAGCUACUUUUUCUGACCAUUGCUGAUGGAUCCUAAUAACAACCACAUUCAUGAUUUUACUAGCCAAAUAUUAUUUUUGAAGAGUGAUGUUUAAUGGUUUUGUGGCUGUAGAAUUAUUUUUUAAUCAGCCACAGCAGAAACGUAACAGCAUCUGGCUGGUUUCUACUUGGCUCUAGUCCUUAUACACUAUGUAGAUCCUUUAUGCUGCCUAUAUAAAUGAAUCUCGUUUGGAAGAGAACGUAUGUUUUCUAUAACAAUGAAACUGUACUUUUUGUGAAUGUGUGUGUUUUCACAGUGGUAGAAUGAAAGUUUGUUGAUGCAUUUGUUUUGUGUUUUCUAUGUUAUCAAGUUUUGAGUGUAACGCUUUUGUUGCUAGGGACUGCUGUACAAUUAAGCUGUAACACCUCCCAAGGGGCACACAGUGACCAAAAGUUUAAAUGUUCAAUAAAUACAUGACUUACAUGUU